GUGAUAUAGAAAAUACCAAGCUAAUAUAUAAACUUAGAACUUGUUUUGGGUGUCAGAAAUAUUUAUAUUGUGGUAUUUAUCUUGAUCAAAAUAAGUGUAAAUAUCCACAUAAACAAAAACCUACUAAACUCAACUGUACUUCUCAACUUACCAAAUAUAAUUACCAAAUAAUACAUGAAAAGGGCUUAGAAACAUCAUGGUGUUCUGCUUGCAAUAGUGCAUUUGGUAGACUUAAGUCUUCUAAUAUUAAAAAAUUAACAAAAGCUAAAAAUAUUAAAAAAACUACUAUUAGAUUAUCUAAAACAAGUGAUCUUAUAACUGAUUUAGAUGAUUUAUUAUCACUCUUUACUAAAGAUAUUAGUGAAAAUGAAGAGAAAUCGGAUAGUGAAUUGGAAUCUAUAAAAAAUAAUGAUGAUGAACUUAAA